GAUGCGCCCUCAAGUCUGAGAGCGUCGAGCGUGACGGGUGCAGCGGAAAGGGCGGUAGGGGGAGAAAGGGAGAGGGAGUGGGAGGCCGAAAUAGCGCGUUUGGCGGGACCGAUGCCAAACCUAGAGCCAGUCGACGACGCGGAGUGCGCGCCAUGGAAACAACCACCGACGACGCGGAAGACGACCGCCUCCUGGACAGGCGGGUCAGCAAGGCCGUCGAAGAGGAACAGGCCUUCCUCGAGUACAUUGCCUCUCUGCCGGCCAUGUCCUCCGAGAAUGUGGAGGCGUUCAACCGGAAGGAACAGCCCGUUGAUGCACAACAAGAGACGGUCGGCGGUUUGGAGACGCUCGACAACCUCUACAAACUCAUGGAGCACCUGGGUCGUCUGCGCCGCCAAAACUCCAAGCUACAAAAGCGACUACACUACCUGGAGAACACUGAACCCGACUGCGACGAGGUGUCUCGCAGCAGAAGGUACAGUUCCAAGACGAAAACGCUCACCCGAACAGUGUCCAAGGACGAUGCGAAUGUGACGACCACCGUCAAGAGCAAAGUGUCCAAGUGGACGAAAGUGAAGGAGGCGUUUCGGUGGGAGAAGGCGUCGGGAGGGGUGCUGCUCCCGGAGGCGGCAUCGCAGGACAGUGGCCUUGGGGGCGGCGACUUCCACCUUCGGCCUCCGGGUGAUCGCAGCUCGCACAGUGUCAGUCCGGCCGAGUCCGUGCUCAGUGGACCGCCCCCACCUUCACUCUCCACCUCCGAGGAUGAACUGGAGCUCGAUCUCAGUGAUUGUGGACAGAAGAGAAGGAGGUUGAGCGUGGAGAAGAACGUUCAUUUGGGCGUGGAGGAGGAUGAGACUCGACGGAGCAAGUCUUUGGAUGGCGAAUCCAUUGAGAGUACCAGCGGAACUACCGAUCAUCACCAAACACACUCAAAAGAGAACCGAUCGAGUCACAUGUCACAGAAAGUGCAUAAAACUCCGUGGAGUAAGGUGAAAGACAUCAUUCAAACUCGAACUGGAAGCAUAAAAAAGAAGAAAGGAGCAGAAGCUGAUGCCGAUGAAGAGGGUCCAGUUGAUACAAUGGAGGGAGAAGACCGGGAAUACGAGUUCAAUAACUUCGAAUUUGUGUUGAGUGAGGAGGCUGCGGACGCCAACAGUGAGGCUACAUCACUAAGGAUGGCCAAUACAUGCAACAGGAAUAAGAGGUUAGCGCCAGUGUUGACAAUUACGCUACCUUCAACGGAGGAGCUGAGACCUCCAGACACCAAAGCUGGCGUGAGUCCGACACCCUCUAUCAAGAACGGCAAACCGCCACCUAGUCCGCAGGUUGAGGACAAGCACAACAGGACCUUGAUGAGGCAGAAAACGCUCGACGAAAUGCCAUCCAAGGAGCACUACAAGAAGCAGGUCAGUCCCUAUUACAAUGAAUCUUCUUUCAAUAACUUCGAAUUUGUGUUGAGUGAGGAGGCUGCGGACGCCAACAGUGAGGCUACAUCACUAAGGAUGGCCAAUACAUGCAACAGGAAUAAGAGGUUAGCGCCAGUGUUGACAAUUACGCUACCUUCAACGGAGGAGCUGAGACCUCCAGACACCAAAGCUGGCGUGAGUCCGACACCCUCUAUCAAGAACGGCAAACCGCCACCUAGUCCGCAGGUUGAGGACAAGCACAACAGGACCUUGAUGAGGCAGAAAACGCUCGACGAAAUGCCAUCCAAGGAGCACUACAAGAAGCAGGUUUCUAGCAGUAGUGCAGGUACUUCACCACCAACUCCAAGGAGAAAAUCAAAGUGGUCCAAAGUGAAGAACGCUUUCUUGACGUCGACGCCCUCUCCCGAAGAAAUCACAGCGCAUUUCUCCAAUUCAACACCGUCCAGCCCAAUUAAUAAAUGCACCAGCUUUCUCUAUGACUUAGAGUCAGAUGAGCUAAGCAGCAGCGAAUUCAUUGACGAGAAUCUGCAGGAGAACAAUGACAACGUGUUCAUCGAACCCGCCGACGACAGGGGCCAACAGACCACUGCGCAGAAGAACCUUGCAGACCUGCAUUUGCGAUUCAGCAACGAGUUCCACCAGAAGCUCAGUGAAUGGGAACGAAUACGCAACUCAGGGAUAGGGAUUAGUUCGCCACCAAGCGCGGGCAAAGUGAGUGCCAGUGGACUGUCAAGUGGUACGUCCAGUGUGGGCGAGGAGGACAAGAGAGAUAGAAGGAGAGCGGAUGAGUGGGAUAAAGCGAAAAGUUGCAGGAAGAGAGAAUCACUGGCGUUGCAGCAGUUGGGGGAAGAGAAUCUGUCACCUGAUUUCAAGAAGAAACUGGAGCAGUGGGAGAGGAUUAAGGCAGUUCCUGUAUCACCAACACAGGAAUCCACUCCACAACUGCAGUCGAAAAAGAAGAUAACAGAUUGGCAGCGGUGGAGACCUGGGAGUAGCAGCACAAAAAACGAUACCCACAACGAACUCCCAGAAGAAUUUUCCAAACGACUCCAGGACUGGGAUCGGAUGAAGCAUGGCACAUCAGUGGACUGCGACCCAACUCAAAAACCCGCCAACCGCACUCCAAGUCCCGGUGUGUCGCAUGACCUUGUUUUCGAACACAAGUCGAGGAAAAUACAGCAUCGUCUCUCCGAAACUAAGGAAAAGUGGGCUGACACGGGACACAAAGUUUUGAAAAGCAAGAGUCAUCACGAAGUGAAAGAGCUCGCUUGGCUGGAGAAGGAGCUGCACAAAAUCGAGAGAGAAAAACAGAGGCUGGAAAGAGAGAGGGAUAAAUACUUGGAGAGAGAAGCAAGACUACAGAAAAUGAGACGGGCCAUCGGUUCAACUCAACAGAAACAAGAAGUUGUCAUUCCAACAUCCACCGGAGUAUUCCGCUUCGAAGGCAUUUCGCAAAAAUUCACCAAGAAAUUGUAUGAAUGGGAGAAAGCGAGAGGAAUCGGCCCCGAAGCUUCCACUAUAGCUUUGCUAGAUCCCGGAUAUAAACCUCAGAGUGGGGAAUCCAUUUCAGGAGAAACCAUAAAGAAGAAUGGAGCUCUACUUCUGAGGUCAAAAUCCAUGGGAAGCGUGGUGGAUAUAGCUGGUGGAGGAGGUUGUCAAACAUCUGUUAUCACUCACCAGCCUUCCAGUCUAUCACUGAACAACAUGGAAGAAAUAGGAAACACUCAGAUCAUCGGUCAAGAUCCAGACUCCUGUUUAUCAGACAAGGAGGAAGACUACGGCAUGGAUGAGUAUGAGGACGGGGACGAGCCGGGGGCGGUGAUAGUGGACAUCGAGGACGUCGUCGAGGAGACCGCCUCGCCAUUGGCCGAGCCACCCGCGGUCCACACUGAGAUUCCCGUCUACUGCUACGCCCCGGCCGAAGUUACCAGGCUCAUUGAUUCUAGUGGCAGUGAAAAUGAGUUGUCAAACGAGAACGUACAAUCCAGCUACUGCAUAUUACAAGAGAAUAUAGACUUAUUAGAUGAACUGAAGAAGAAAGAAGAUAUUUGCAGGAGAAUUGAAAUUCGAAUGGAAAAUAUAGAGGAAAAAAUGCAAAGUACAGCCAACUACCGGGAGAAAAAGCUUGAGAGUUUGAGUAUGGAUGAACAAAACAUGGAUAAAGUCCAAUGUGAUCCUGGACAAGGUGAAGUUGCUGAGAUGCAUGACAUCAAAUCACAGUUGAAAAUUCUUGACGAUGAUCAAGAAGCACUGAAACAAGAGGAGGAAACGUUACAGUACUCUUUCGUGGAGCACAGUGAGCAGCAAGCAAUGCUGGCACAAAGCCUAGUUGACAACAUGAGACAACUGCAGGAGGUGAACAAUUGCAUGUCUUCCAAGCAGGAACCUCCCGACUCCCCAAGGAGGAGCUCUGACGAUCGUCAAGAGGAAGCUCUAUCCAAAGUUCAAGAUCUCACAGGCCAGCUACUCACAAUGGCGGAACGCUUAGAGGAAAUUGUCGGGGAGAGGAACAAGGAAAUUUCAAGGCUGAGGGAAACAGUAUCUCUAAAUAGUGCAAGACGACCAUAUCUGUCUAAACAUUCUCUCUCUACAGAUUCCAUUACUAUGCCACCUACAUCUAGUUCUUCAAUUGGUAGACUACCCCGACAAAGUUCAGAGGAGUUGAGUCAAUUGCCGACUAUGCUCACCAGCAAAGUUCUCGAGCUCAAACGAGGACUCACCUACCUCUGCGCAGUAUCAGAUGCAGCAGUGCGAGCAGUGAGUCGAACUUGCAAUGUAAAUGAUGAUAAACCAACGAAUUUAGAUCCUACCGGUGAUAUUACAACAGUCUCAGAGUUAUGUCAGGGAAAUCAUGAAACAGGAAAUGCUUUGAACAAGAAACCUGAUGAUAAGGACGAAAGAGAAUCGGGAUUGAAGAGUAACUACGAAGAUCAUCUCAUUGUGGGAUGCCUAACUCUUCCUGCUUUGAGAUUGAGGAAGGAUGGUAAUAGGCAGGAGUUUGCCAUAGAAAAUGAGAGCAAAAAGCUGAUAUCGGGAGCUAUUACUGAGUCUACACCACUAGAAAUAGCACAUGACAGCGCAGGAAGUAAUCCAGAAUGUGGAUCACCCAAAAACCAAAUGAAAAGCAUUGACAUGGGGUCAGGAAAUACAGACGAGAGUGAACAAAAAUCGAAAAAAGGAGUAAAGAUGAAAAUAGAGAGACAAUCAUCGAUAGAUAGCAGUAGAAGAACAAGGUUUGCUGAAUGCACUAAGGGUGAAAGUGAACCAGCAGUAAGUUAUAACAUUAGAAGCAGGAGAUUGAAGAGAGAAACCAGCAAUGAAAGUAGGUUAAAAUAUGAAGAGGAAAGAAGAAGAGAGUCAUCAUUGAAAGGUGGAACACAAUCUGAAGGUAGAUUAGGAGAGGAGACUCUGAAACUGCAUAUCACAGAAUCUGAGGGAAAUGAUAGGUCAACGUCAAAAUUGGAAGAGACAAGUAAUAAAAAAGACUUGGAAGUAGCAUCGUCGGUGACAGAAUCAGUCGCACACUGCAGCACAGUUGAUAUGAAUAAAAGUUGUCAAGUAUCAGCGACUGCGGCAAAUAGUGAGCCAGUAGAUGUUUUCGUUCCAACAACGAGAAAAAUUUUCUCCCCCGUAAGGCGAGAUAGCAAAGGCAAAGCCUCGUCAGUUAUAAGUUACAUAGUACGGGAAAAUGCACCAUCGGAACAAGUACCGUUAUCGCCUAGACGUGUGAGAAGAAGAAAUGAACAGGAAGACAAAACGAAAAUACAAAAUAAGAAGGUAGAUGAAGAAGAGGAAGAAAAUAAAAGGGAGAGUAUAAAUUUUGUUAUGCCACCGUGUUGGAUCCUGCGGGAAACCAGAGCUCAAUCUGCUUCUCCAGCUCUGCAACGGCGUCAUUUUCCUGUCCCAAGAAGUAGAGAGAAACAAACGGAGCCUGAUCUAAUUCCAAAAACGAGGAAAAAUGUUGAAUUGAAGAUCGAGGAAGGUGAACAGACAUCUAGUCAAGGUCAGUCUACCCCAGUUCCUGAUGAAUCACUCGCACAUAAAAGCAAUAAUUUACAAGUGAGGAAUAGUGAAGUGCAGGGAAACAAAUUUGGAAACUAUGGGACUCUUACUUCUCCAACUCCCCCUACUCCUCCUCUAGCAAAAAAGUACUCAGUACCGAAUAGGGAAACUCCUAGCAGUGAUUCAAUGGACAAGAAUACAAGUGAAGUGAAACCUUUAAGAAAAUCAAGAACCGAGAUAGGAUUUCCACCCAUAUCCCCAAUUCCAGGCAGAAGAGAGGUGAAAUUGUCGAAGGAAACUGCUCCCAGUAUACGAAUGAUAAUAGCUAGAUACAACCAGAAAGUGUCAGAAAGUCAGGAAAUGUUGGGUUCGAAAUCACCGGACAGCGGCAGUGGCUCUCCCCUCCCCUGGAGGUCGCCGGGAGCCGAGAGGAGGGUUCGCGUUCAGAUGGAGAAGUACCAGGAUGAAGUGAGGCGAGCUCUCCAGGGAAGUGAGGGCAGAAAGCACCACCAUUUCUGCGGCGAAGUGAAGAAGUCAGCUAGUGCAAGUUUUAUUAGAACGUUUGAUAAAGGGAGCGCACAAGAUCGCUUCGGUAGGAGACCUUCUGACAGUCUAUCUGAGAGACAGACUUCGGAAAUGAGGUACAAUGGAAUAUUGAAGUCUUCCAGUGCCGGCUCCAUUAAGCCUGCAACUCCUGUUCCUCAGAGACGUGAGGCAACAACGCCUCAAACAUUAAUAUUAGAAACUACAGCCACAACAACACACAUUCCACCAUCAACACCUCCAGCACAGACUCAACCUUCUGAGAAUCCGGUACUUGAUACAGAUAUGCAGACUGUUACAAGCGUAUUGGAGAACCAAUGCAUUGAAGAGAAAGUAGGUAGGGAAAGUAGAGUAGUUUGUAGUGCUGAGCCGUCAGGAUCAAGGGCGUUGAGGAUAAAGAAAGCAAAGGAGGAGUUUUUGUCGAGGGGACCUGGUGGUGUGAGUACAAAUGCCGAAGUUAGAUGUGAAGCAGUAACACCUAGCACUUCGGAGUGUGUUACGCCCAGCGAGGGUGCGACGAGUUGGUCCAAGGAGAAAAGUAGACUAAGCAGAGUGAGUUGUGAGAGUGAGGCCAGUUGCGACGAGGGCAUUCUAGUGAGUGGAGAGGAGCACAGACAGCCAUUCGAUUCGCGACUGCUGGUGAAGUCGGCCAGUGCCGGCAUGAUCAACAUAGACUCGCAGUCAUUCGCCAGCACCCUGCCCGAGUCGACGAGCAACUCCAGUGUUCCGAGCGAGCAAGGCGCCUCGGCGACGACCUCAACCAAGCCACGGUUCGCGUUCUCCAACAUCGCGUCGCGAUUCAGGAAAGUGAAAAUGCGUCGCCACAAGGAGAAGGAACGCGACAAAAUGGAGACCGUUUCGACGCUGUGCAGACAGAGCCUCGUGGUUGACAUUGAGAAACGCAAGGCGACCGACAAAGUGUCCAGCAAGAGCUGUCCCUCGUCACCCGUGCUCCACAAACGCGAGUCCAAUUCUAGCUGGAGUAUCAGUCCCCGACGAAUUUUCAAACCGAAAUGAAAAGUACUUCUAGAACAUUGCAUAAGUGUCACAUCUAUAAUUUAUAUUUAAAAAAACUAAAUCCAAAAAAGAGUUUUGUACAUGAAUAUAGAGUUUAUAUUUGAGAUUAAACUGCUUCUCAAUAUUGUAA